GGCCAAAACCAGAUUCGGUUCCCAUAUUUGUUCUCAUAAGAUCAAACCCACAUAGAGAGCGCAGAAGAAGAGGACGAGGAGAAGAGAAUGUCGGGAAUCAUCCACAAGAUCGAGGAGACCCUCCACAUGGGAGGAGGCCACAAGGAAGGGGAGCACAAGGGCGAGCACAAGCCGGAGCACAAUGAAGGCCACUCCGACAAGAUCAAGGACCAGAUCCACGGCGGCCACGGCGGCGACCACCACGACAAGGAGGGUCACGAGAAGAAGGACAAGAAGGACAAGAAGAAGAAGAAGGACAAGAAGAAGCACGAGCACGGCGGCGACAGCAGCAGCAGCGACAGCGACUGAGCCCCCCCGGUUCGCACUCAGAUCUGAGGGCGUGUUCGGUUCUUGCAGGCGAACGGCGUCGGAUCGGAGCGAGGGCAUGCCGGCUGACUUCAUCCUUAUCGUCUACUCAUAUCAUAUUAGCGGGAGAAGAGAAAAAUAACAAUAGGAGUCUGUAUUUGCUGCUUUGCUUUUAGUCCGAUGACCUGCUGGACGUGCAACUACUUAUGUAACUAAUGUGUUUCGCGAAAUAAUAUGUUUUUCAUU